AUGGCUUCGGUAAUCUCAAGAGGAGUCCUUCGAACCAGUCGCGCGAGUUGUACACUCAUCCCAGCGACCAAAUCAGCUAUCAUACAAGCUCGACCAGCCUCACAAUAUGCCCGAGGUAUACCUUCGGAAGCUGAGUUGGACCCUAAUAUCACUGAUCCAAAUAUGAACGGCGGCUACAUCAACCCACCCCGUGAGAAACGCCAGUUUCGCGACCCCUACGGCGAUUGGCACCACCACCAAAGGCGUAAGAACUUCGGCGAACCAGUCCACGAGGAUGAUGACGUUCUCGGCAUGUUCUCACCUGAAGAAUACACAUGGACAAAGCCAGGCAAAGGAGCGCUGAUGUUUGGAACAUUCAUCUUAGCAUACAUGGGGUUAUUAGGUGUGGUAUACUUGAAUUACCCCGAUAAGCAAAGCGUGCCAAAAUCAUAUCCUGGAGGUUUGGACGUUGAGCUUGGUGGCAAAGGCUCUUUAAGGGCGAGACAGGAGGGUGAUCCGGAGGGUGUGCGGGCCGUUGACAACAUAUGA